GCAGAAGUAGGAGCAGCAGAAUGGACGCCAGCGGGAAGUUCUUCUUCUUUUUUCUUGCUUUUCUGGCGACCGCAGAGACGCAGGAGCUUUGUAGUGCUCGUGAAAUAGUGCAGGUGGCAGAGAACAACGCUGUGGGUGACCUGGUAGAGACCCUCAUCUUGGAGGAGGGCGUCACGGCCUCUCUGGUUGAUUCCAAUGUCCCUUUCAUUCUGGAGGGAAACCGGCUGCUGGCCAGUCAGGUUCUGGACUUUGAGACAAGUCAAAGCCAUGUGGUUAAGGUUUCUUGCAGUAAGAAUGAUCCUAAUAUCACACCGCUAAUCCGCAUCAUCUUAGUAUUUGUCCUGAAUGUGAAUGACAACGCUCCAGUCUUUGAAAAGAGCACUUACCACAUCGACAUCAACGAACUGUUAAAAGUGGGGACGGUUAUUGGUGCGUUUCCCGCUACGGACCGGGAUGCGGACACUACCCUCUACUACACGCUGACAUCAGAAUCGAAUUACUUGAGACUGGAGUCGGAUGAAAACCCAGAACUGGUCAUUCAGAACAUUCUGGACUAUGACAAAGUCCAAAGUGUUCAGCUGGUCUUGCGCGCUCAAGACACGCCGUUGUCAGGAUCUGCCGGCGAUGUCUCAUUCACCGCUACAACUACCAUUGAAGCGAGAGUAGUCGAUGUGGACAACAGACCGCCCUGGUUCCAGCCUUGCGAUAGAUACGAAGUAGCUGGCGCGGUCAUAUGCCAGAGCAACGGAUACACCAGCCAGGUGUACCUGAAUGAAAUGCAGGCCGAGCCUCUAACGCUGAAUCCGGGUCCGCUUUACGCUAUCGAUGGCGACGUUGGGAUAAAUGAGGCUAUAGUCUACAGCUUCCUGGGCGAAACUGAAGAGGGCCUGUUCGAAAUCAACGCAAACACAGGCGACAUCAGCAUUAAGAGGGCAGUCGACGUGUUAGGAAACAUCAGUCUGACAGUUCUGGCUGCCCAGACACCGACAAGUUCUCAGUUUACCACCACAACGCUCACGGUUAGUGUUCAAGUAAAGACGCUCCACAAACCAAAAUUUGAGAGGGAAAGUUAUCAGGGUGUGGUUUCGUCAGUGGGUGCAAUGGCAACAGACCCAAACAACAAUGAUGAGCCACUUCAGAUUGUUGCCUUGGAUGAGGAUUACGCCAGCAUGGAGGGUAAAAACCCUCACAUUGUCUAUCGAAUCAUCGGAAGCGAUGACUUCUCUAUCAUUCAGGGUUACCUGUUCAUGACCAAGGACCUCCCGGAGGACACGUUAUCUUUGCAAGUGGAAGCAGUGGACACGUCCAAUCGCGAGAAGGCAGUGGCAACGCUCUCUGUGGAGGUGAAAACUGGUCUCACCACCACCGCUUUGCCUUUGAGCACCACCAUUGUGACCAGCCUCCCAACCACUGAUGGCAGAACCACGGACCAAACCACCACCGACCCUGGUACCACCACAGAUGGCAGAACCACUGAACCAACGAAGUCCACCACCAACCCCAGUACACCCACUGACAGCAGUGUCUCAACUGAUGUCACCACAACCAGCGAAAGUUUUACUUCCGCCGCAACAGAAUCAUCGAUGACAUCACAGUUUACCGACAGUCCCACCAGCACUGCAGACCCUUUCACAGAGGAGGUGCCUAUCCCACCGGGCGGUUUCGGGCCGGAGGACAUGGCGGCGCUAGGGGCAACUCUAGGCAUUCUUCUCUUCGCCUGCGUGGUGGUCAUUGGAGUGCUUGUUUGUCGGCUCCAGAGGGGAAAAGCCGACUGGAAGAAGAUCCACGAAGCCAGCAUUUUCCGAAGCUCUCUGGGCCAGGACUUGGGUGGUGAGAAGCAGGGCGUCCAGUACACGAAUGAAGCUUUCCAGCAUGACAAUGAUGAUGGCAGUGUAGGCUCUGGAAGUCCGUAUGUCAUGAACGCUGAAGAGGGGCCUACGGAUAACUCUGUUUUUAAGUCCAGUGUGGCGACACUGAGCACUCUCCUGGAAGGUGACAAUAUUAGUCAGGAGAGCUCCGAUAAAGAGAAGGAGGUAAAGCCAAUCCUGACCAAAGAGCGUCGCCUGGAGGAAGGCUACAAGGCUGUUUGGUUCAAGGAGGACAUUGACCCAGACGCCAAAGAGGAGGUGGUCAUCAUUCCCGACAGCAGAGAAGAUGACAGUGGGGAUGAAGAUGAUGAGGGACCCGCUAAACCCUCAAAAGUGGGCUUUACCGAAUCUGACAUGGACAGCGGACUGGGAGUGAAGAUAGAGGAUCCAGCAGAGGACUCGGAUGGUGGCAAUGAUCUGAAUGUCAACCUCUGAGGAAUGAAGGGUGGGAAGCAAUAAAACCUGGUGAUUCAUCAACAGUGAGUUGGUGUUAUCGAGGAGAAAAAAAAAAAAAAAACUGUCGAUGAACCACGCCUUAAACUUAAGUCACGCAAUUAUCAGUAGAUUGUAAUUUUUAUAGCUUCCGGGUGAGAUUACGUGUUCAAAAAGCACAUUGUACUUGGACUCGUGAUUGUUUGUUUUUGUGAGGUUGCAAAGUUCACUGUCAUAGAAACAAAUUAAGGGUUGAUAUGAUCAAUUAUUCAUAGCUAUCUUGCUACAGUACCAACAAUUUAGCGAGAGACAGAAGUAAACUGGAGGAGUUUAGCUCAUAUAAAUUGGCAUGCAAAGGAUUCAAAUGUAUGCACAAAUACAAAAUGACUAUGUUGUUGGUGAUUUAAUAUGAUGCUUGUAAAGUAUAUGCUAAAUCAAGAUACAGAGUAUCUUUACUUGUUGCCUAGUUUACAUUGAAUUAAUAGUGAGCCUAGCGAGAACAACUAAUGAUUCACAUUUGCGUACAGAUAUCACUUUGCUGUGUUUUUGUGGCUAAAAUUCCAGAAAUACUGCAACAAUAUUGUAACAAGGAUGUGGAUGUUUUAGCAUUUUUACAUGAACAUUGAUUUUAUUAUAAAAUAAUUUCUGGAUUGCCAUGAUAAACAAUUAGCUAACGGUUCAGUUACAAGUAGUUUGUAUGGAUGUGUUCUUUGUAGUAAAUUAUGAGAGAAUUUGUAUAUAUUAAAUGUAAUAAUAUUAAAAAGUGUUCCUAUGUUUU